AGGGCGCGCCCCCCCCGAGCUGCCCCAGCGCCCCCCCGCUAUGGAGGGCUUCGCCGCCCGGAGUUACGGCACGGGAGGGCCGGACAACCGCCCUCUGUUCGGGGAGACCUCGACCAGGGACAGGAUCAUCAAUCUAGUUGUUGGCAGCCUGACGUUCCUGCUGCUUGUAGUCACUCUGAUCAGUGCUUUUGUCUUCCCACAACUACCUCCAAAACCUGUGAAUAUAUUUUUUGCUAUCUGCAUCUUCUUGUGUUGCAUUUCUGCUGGCAUACUUAUCUACUGGUAUCGACAGGGAGACCUGGAACCUAAAUUCAGGAACCUAAUUUACUAUGUAUUAUUCUCUAUUGUCAUGUUAUGUAUAUGUGCCAACCUGUACUUCCAUGAAGUGGGUAAAUGACAGGCAUUGGGAAUUCCAGCGAUGACGCUGCUGUGUCAGACUGCUUUCAGCUCAGCUCUCGGCUCUGCCUGAGACAUACAAACGAGUACAGUUAGCCUGAAAGAAGUGGAUUGUGCAAGGACAAAUCAGUACAUGAUUUUCAUGUAAAUGUAUAUGUAAUGUCCCUCUUGUUGGGGAGAAUUAUUGCCAUAAGAUGUGACAUCCUGCUUUUUUUUGAAGAGCUACUGUUGCACUUAAUGAACAUUCCAGUUGUACUGAUGUUUCUGAAUGGCACAAGCUUUUUCAUUUUUGGAAAAAAAAAAAUGCAUUUUUUAUUACUGUACAAAUAAACUGCAGCAUUGCAAGGAUCUGUAGCAAUAUAAAUAAAUGGCAUCUUACAGUUA